AUGGGUGAGGUUCAUGAUGAAAGUGAUGAUGAUAGUGAGGAUGAGAACUUUCAGUAUGAUAGUGCCCUUGAGGUAUCAUUUGAGGAUGAAUCUGAUGAUUAUGAUGACAUAGAUGAAAACGAACUUGCUGAUCUCAUUUCAUAUGACAGUGAUGGAAAGUCUAGUGGGAAAAAGAAGCACAUGAAAGAUACAGGAGAGUGUAAAGGGAGUGAUAAUGACAGUGAUGAUCUUCAAAGUGGAUGUGAUAGUGAUGACAGUAGUGGAAUUAAUAGGAAGAAGUACCCACUUUACAAAGAAAAGAAAAAUAUGUCCAACUACAAAUGGGAGCUUGGUAUGUAUUUCACUUCCAAGAGUGACAUUAAGGAUGCAGUGAUAUCAUAUGCUGUGCAGAAUGGUAGAGAUCUGAAGUUCAUAAAGAAUGACAAGAAAAGAGUAAGGGUAAGAUGUAAGGAUGGCUGUCAAUGGGAGCUCUACUGUAGCAAGUUACCAGAUGAGGAUUCUUGGCAAGUAAGAAAGAUAAUUGAUGAACAUAAUUGUAGUAGGGAGUACAAUGUGAAGUUGCUAUCUACAAAGUGGUUGAGCAAGAGAAUUCAGAACUCGUUGAAAAACAAUCCUAGGUUGAAGGUUAAGGAUAUAAAAGAAAAGGCUUUGAGAAAGUGGAAUGUGGGGAUAAACAAGACCAAGGCAAUAAGAGCAAGAGUGGCUGCCAGGGAUAAGGUUGAUGGGUCAUUUUUGGGGGAUUACAAUAGGAUAUAUGACUAUUGUCAUGAAUUGUUGAAAGCAAAUCAAGGAUCUACAAUUAAGAUGAAUGUGGACCCUGUUCCUGAAGGUGUUGAUGACCAAAGACCAUAUUUUAAAAGGCUAUACAUUUGUUAUGCAGCUUGUAAAGAAAGCUUCAAACUAAGUAGACAUGUUAUAGGAUUGGAUGGCUGCUUUCUGAAGGGACUCUGUGGGGGCCAAAUUCUGGCAGCUAUAGGAAGGGAUCCUAAUGAUCAAAUGCUUCCUAUAGCAUAUGCUGUGGUGGAAAGUGAAAAUAAGGAUAGUUGGACUUGGUUUUUGGAGUUGUUGAUUGCUGACUUAGGAGGUGCUGAUGAGUGCCUAACCUACACUUUCAUUUCAGACCAACAAAAGGGGCUAUUACCUGCAACAGAUGAGUUGUUGCCCAAUGCGGAACAAAGAUUUUGUGUCAGACACUUGUAUAAUAAUUUUAGGAAAAGAUUUCCUGGAAAGAUGUUGAAGGAAGUUAUCUGGAAGGCAGCAAAGUCAACAUAUGCUCAAGCUUGGGAAAGAGAGGUGAAAAGAAUGAGACUGGCCAAUGCAGAAGCAUAUCUCCAUAUGAUGAAGACUCCACCAAGGUUUUGGAGUAGAUCCUAUUUUAGGACAACCAACAAAUGUGAUGCUGUGCUCAACAACAUGUCUGAGUCAUUUAACAGUGUAAUUCUUGACUCUAGAGGAAAACCACUUGUGACCAUGCUUGAAGAGAUCAGAACUUACCUCAUGGAGAGAUGGGCAAAAAGCAGAAUGAGGUUCCAAGAUGUAUCUGGUAAUGAGAUUUUACCCAACAUUAGAAAGAAACUGGAAAUAACUAGCAAUUUUACCAACAUGUGGCUUGCAAGAAUGGCAGAUGAGCAUAUAUUUGAAGUGAGGCAUUUGGAAAACCCAGCUGAGAUAUUCAGUGUGAAUCUGAAGGAUUUGCGUUGCUCAUGUAGAAGAUGGGAGCUAACAGGUCUCCCUUGUGUCCAUGCAAUGGCAUCCAUGAAGAGUAGGAAUUUUAAGGUUGAUGAUUACAUUCCUGAUUACUAUAGGGUUUCUGCUUACAAGGCAGUAUACAAGCAUGUUCUCUACCCAAUGAAUGGGUCUAAUUUGUGGGUCAGGACUCCAUAUCCAGAUGUUCAGCCACCUAAGUAUAGGAAGAUGCCUGGUAGACCAAAGAAACGAAGAAAUCUUGAGCAAGGAGAGAUUGAUGGGAGUGACAAAAAGAUGAGAAGGACAGGUUUUAUUAUUAAGUGUUUUAGGUGCAAGAAGGUUGGCCAUAACAAGUUAACUUGCAAGGUGACACCACCAGCUCAACCAAGUCAAGCAACAGUUACUAAUACAAGUCAGCCAAGUCAAGCAACAGUUACUAAUACAGGUAAACCAACUAGUACCCAGGUGCCUGCAACUCAGUCCUCAGCAUCUACACAGGCUUACAUGAGUGCAACACAAUCUUCUAGAGGAAAGCAAGUGACAGGACAAUGUUCAAGGGGAAAUGCAGGUAACAACCAAUCUUCAAAAGUGGAUGGGAAGUUACAAAAGCUUGGUGUACGAAGGCCAUUUGUAGCCCUAGUGUAA